AUGACUCGACUGCAAGAAUGGUUGAAGAAACUCGAGGUAUCGGCAGAGCCUGGGCUGUCCAACACUCAAUUGAUGUUGAUGAACCGUGAUUUACAACCUGUCGAAUAUGAACGUCGUCAAUGGAGAUGGUUCAACUUCAUCGCUUUUUGGAUAGCAGAUUCCCUCAACAUCAAUACUUGGAUGAUCUCCUCGUCUAUGAUUGUUGAUGGGUUGUCCUGGUGGCAGUCAUGGAUAUGCGUUUGGGUGGGGUACUUCAUCGCCGCAUGUUUUGUAUGCUUGACGGGUCGCAUCGGGGCCGUCUACCACAUUUCGUUCCCCGUCGCCUGCCGCUCGAGCUUUGGCAUCUGGGGGUCUUUCUGGCCCGUCUUCAACCGAGCUGCUAUGGCUGUCGUGUGGUACGGUGUCCAAGGCUAUAUUGGAGGCGAGUGUGUGACCCUGAUGAUUCGAUCCAUUUGGCCCAGCUACAACAAUCUACCUAACGGUAUCCCUGCAAGUGCCGGCGUCGACACCAAGAACUUUCUGAGUUUUUUCCUUUUCUGGCUUCUAUCUUUGCCUGCCCUUUGGUUCCCCGUGCAUAAAAUUCGCCAUCUCUUCACCGUCAAGGCCAUCUACUCGCCUAUCGCUGCUAUUGCCUUCUUUGCCUGGGCGAUUUCCCGCGCCAACGGGAUUGGUCCGAUUGUCCAUCAACCCGCCACGGUACAUGGCAGCGUGUUAGCCUGGGCUGUCGUGAAGUCUAUCAUGAGCUGUCUGAGCAACUUUGCCACUUUGAUAGUGAACGAUCCAGAUUUCUCUCGGUUCUCACGGACACCGAAGGAUGCGUUAUGGUCUCAACUGCUUACCAUCCCGAUCGGUUUCGGAAUUACCUCCUUCAUCGGCAUUAUCGUCUCGUCAUCUUCGGCGGUCAUCUUUGGCGGUGGCUUUGUGUGGAACCCUUUGGACUUACUGGGAAAGUUCUUGGACGGGGCCAGCUCCGCUGAGCGUUUCGGUGUCUUUAUCAUCUCAACUGGAUUUGCUCUGGCACAAUUGGGGACCAAUAUUUCUGCCAACUCGGUCUCGGCAGGAACUGAUAUGACCGCCCUGCUUCCUCGCUACAUCAACAUCCGCCGAGGCAGCUACAUCUGCGCUGCAAUUGGCUUGGCGAUGUGCCCAUGGAAACUUCAAUCGUCCUCUAACCAAUUUACCACAUAUCUCUCCGCAUAUUCAGUCUUCCUCUCGUCUAUCGCGGGUCCCAUCUUGUGCGACUAUUACAUUGUUCGCAAGGGCUAUUUGCAAUUGAAGGACUUGUACAACGCGGGUCGAAACUCGCCGUAUUAUCAUAUGUGUGGAUUCUCCUGGCACGCGUACGCCUCCUAUAUCGCCGGUAUCCUUGUCAAUAUCGUGGGAUUUGCCGGGGCUGUGGGCCGUGAGGUGCCUGUCGGCGCGCAAUAUCUUUACAACAUUAACUACUUCUCCGGGUUCGUCGUGUCGAGCGUUAUGUACUAUGCGCUGACGCGCUUCUUCCCGAUCCCUGCCACCAGUGAGAAAUGGCAUGAGGUCAAGGUGGAGGGCGUCCUCUCGAUUGCGGAAGGUGAGGAGGUCUAUCCCGAUGAGGAUACCACUGCAGCGAAGCAGUCAGACUUUUCAUCGACUGGUGACCAGAAGCAACCGAAGUCUCGGGCGUCCUCGGUUGAAACUUAA